GUCACUCUGCAUCCGAAGAUCAGUCGCAGCCAUUUUACUCCGCGAAAUAAACUUCAAUCCCACAGCUAGACAGAAAAACAAUACAGAAGAUACCUCCGCUGACAUUAAUGGAUGUUUCAUUGUGAACCAGAGCACGGACGGGUUCCGGUUUCAAGUCUUUGCAGUGUGGUCUGACUCCAUGGCUUAAAGUGACCUUUGAGAGAACCCAGCCCCAACACCUCAUUCCUCUUUCCUUUGCUGUCUUCUGCUACCACAGGUAGCAGCAAGACCUUACCAAAGGGACGGUGAUCCAGAAACCCCUCCAGAGGCAGCAUGGAGCCCCAGGCCUCUCAGGGGCAGCUCGGCGCAGGAGGGGAUUGUGAGAUGUUGAAUCUGCUGCUGCCUAGUCCUCAGAGCGAGGCGGUGACCCACGAGAUGGAGGAGCUGUCGCUGCACCCCACACAGAAUCUGCCGCCACUCAACGAACGCAAAAAUGUCCUGCAGUUGAGGCUUCAACAAAGAAGAACCCGGGAGCAGUUGGUGGACCAAGGCAUCAUGCCACCUCUGAAGAGCCCGGCAGCUUUCCACGAGAUUCGCAGCUUGGAGAGAGCCAGGACUGAGAAUUUCCUCAAGCACAAGAUCCGCAGUCGUCCAGAGAGAGCAGAGCUGGUCAGGAUGCACAUCCUGCAAGAGACUGGAGCAGAGCCCUCACUUCAGGCCACCCAGAUGAAACUCAAGCGAGCCCGGCUGGCUGACAACCUAAAUGAGAAGAUAGCUCAGAGACCCGGCCCCAUGGAGCUGGUGGAGAAAAACAUCCUGCCAGUGGACUCCAGCGUGAAACAGGCCAUCAUUGUAGGACAGGUAAAUUAUCCCAAAGUCCUGGAUGAAGACAGCAGAGCCUUGUCUCCAGAGCAGCCAGCCAGCCAGGAGUCUCAGAGCUCCGUCCCCUCACCUUGUGAAAGCAAAGUGCCGGAGACACCCUCUCCAAUCCUAGCACCUCCACCACCUCUACCUAACCCUCUGCUGCAGGCAUUCCCAGUUGCUCCACAAGCACCGACGAUCGACUUUGUGAAAGUGAUCUCUACCUGCGAGCCGCCUGCAAGCCGCACGGCUAUCACCCUUGCACAUCCCAUCACCACAGCUGCUUCCUCCAGACCAGGCCCUACCCUACAACAGCAAAGCCAGCAGAAGACGCCCUACGAGAAGAGCCGCAGUAAGAAGAACAAAGAGCCCAAGUCCAGGGUGAAAAAGCUCAAGUACCACCAGUAUGUUCCCCCAGACCAGAAGCAGGAGGCCAGUGAAGCACCCAUGGACUCUUCUUACGCCCGACUUCUGCAGCAGCAGCAACUGUUCCUCCAGCUGCAGAUCCUCAGCCAGCAACAGCAGCACUACAACUAUCAGACUAUACUACCUGCUCCACUGAAACCUGUGGCGGACGGGCAGAGCAGCAGCGCCGGCACCCUGCGACCGCCCAUCAUGGUGUCCCUGCCCAGCCUGCGCCUCAAUCUUCCCCCAUGGGCUCGUCCAAACAACUCGCUCUCCAACCGCAAGCCAGGAGUCCUGCCUGCCAACCUGGAGGAGAUGAAGGUGGCUGAGCUGAAACUGGAGCUGAAGCUGCGCGGCCUCCCCGUGUCAGGAACAAAAACAGAUCUGAUAGAAAGACUGAAGCCUUUCCAGGACAACCACAUCACCUCUGCCCCCACCACCACCACUGCCCCUGCCACCUCCACCUUCUCCUCCAUCCCCAUGGAGGUCACAACCACUAAUACCACGCCUGCUAUAGUCCUCCCGGUCCGGCACAUAACUCCAGAGAGCAUUAAAAGCACACCACCGGUCUCCCCAAUCCCUGCUGAUCCCUCCGUCCUGCAGCAUGAUGUUGGCAUGUCUGAAGCUCCUUCUGAGACUCUGAUGAGCGCCGGCCUGUCAGAUCUAAGCUCCUCACCUCUCCUGUCUUUCCGUGUCCCGGAGGAGAAGGACAGGAGGCUCCAUGAGAAGGAGCGGCAGAUAGAGGAGCUGAUGAGGAAGCUGGAGCAUGAGCAGAGGCUGGUGGAGGAGCUAAAGAUGCAGCUGGAGGUGGAGAAGAGGUGUGGCCCCACAGAAUCUGCCUCUGUCUCUCCUAAAUUUACCUCUGUACCCACUAUUAACCCUGUCACUACUGUGCUGAACUCAAAUGUGGUCAAAAUGGAGGGUACAGUCCUGUCCAACUGUUCAUCCACCACUGCUACAAUCCCUAACUCCAUCCUGAGCUCCCAGGCUCUCUCCUCCCUGCCAACAGUGGUCAAGUUGGAGGAUGUGACCGUCUCCUCUGGGAAGCCAAUCCAGCUCCAGCCCCAAACCCAGCUCAUCGCCCAGAUCCAAUCCCAAGCACAGCCCCAAGUCAGCACCAGCCCACAGAUUCGCCCUCAGUCACAGAGAAGUCCCAAACCCCAGUCCCAGCCUGCAGCGCCUAGCCUGCAGCAGUUCUUCAUCAGCCACUCAGGAGGGGUCUCCCAGGUCCUCGGUCAGCCUCAGACUCUGCUGACCACUACAGGCCAUGCUGGAACUCAGAUCCUCCUCCCAGUCUCACUACCCAACAAUGCUACUGCGAUCCAGCUGCCGAACAACACGGUCAGUCUGCAGCCUGUCCUUCAGGCCACAGUCUCAAAUCAAGGCCUGGUCCAGGCUUCAGCUCCUCACCUGCAAACCACUAAGAAAGAGACAACACCAAGCCAGCAGAUGAACAACCCCAACCCACUUUUACAGGUCAGUCAGGACAUGUAA